CACAUGACCCCCUCUCCUCCAGACUGCAUGCAGUUUGGUAUUAAAAUGUUUUCAGUACCAUCAACCAUUGUGUUGCCAUAGAUUUGAGAUGAGAGACACGAGUCGAGCUUAUUUUUAACCAACUAUAACUCCACACUGAUCCAGGGGACUGACGGCACUUACGACGAACGACGGUGCAGCUGUUAUUUUUUUUGAGGUUGUGUCCAAAAAGUGCAGAGCGACUGUAGGCAGAACGAGCUAGCAGCGUUAGCUAACGUUAGUCAGGUCGGACGGCGACGAGGCCCCAACCGGACGGGAACACGGGGGAACCAUGGCCAACAUCGCAGUUCAGAGGAUAAAACGGGAAUUCAAGGAGGUGCUCAAAAGCGAAGAGACGAGCAAAAACCAGAUAAAGGUGGAUCUGGUGGAUGAGAACUUCACAGAACUUAAAGGGGAGAUAGCAGGGCCACCUGACACGCCAUAUGAAGGGGGUAGAUAUCAACUAGAAAUUAAAAUUCCAGAGACGUAUCCAUUCAAUCCACCUAAGGUGCGGUUUAUCACAAAGAUCUGGCAUCCCAACAUCAGCUCAGUCACAGGUGCAAUAUGUCUGGACAUUCUCAAAGACCAGUGGGCAGCAGCUAUGACACUGAGGACGGUCCUCUUGUCAUUACAAGCCUUACUGGCAGCUGCUGAACCAGAUGAUCCGCAGGAUGCAGUGGUAGCCAAUCAGUACAAGCAGAAUCCAGAGAUGUUUAAACAGACAGCGAGACUCUGGUCUCACGUCUAUGCAGGCGCUCCUGUCUCCAGUCCGGAGUACACACGCAAAAUAGACAAACUCUGUGCCAUGGGCUUUGAAAAAAAUGCAGUAAUAGUGGCAUUGUCGUCGAAAUCCUGGGACGUGGAGACAGCGACAGAGCUACUGCUCAGCAACUGAAUUUUGACACCCUCUUCAUCUUCCCGUAAUCCCCGUCUCUUCCCUCCUCACACCUCUCCCCUCCAAAUUCCCGCUGUCUGAAGGCGUCUCUCCCCCAUCACACCCUCUGUUUCACAGUGGACUUCUCGCCUCCACGCUGCCCCUCCUCUCAACCCCUCCUUUAUCCCCUCUGUGUGGCACCUCUCCUCUGUACUCAUCACCUCUGCUGUACCACACUCCAAUCAAUGCUCUGUGAGCUCUUAUCACUGGUUUCUUUUAGUUCAUUCAACAUUCCACUCAGUGCUACAAUCAGAAAUCCAACCAUAUCUCCCUGUCUUUGAAGCAAAUGCCAGACUUAAGACCCCGCCCCCAUCUGCCAAUCUCCCAGCUUUUCUGGCUCGGUCCAAGAAGCGGCUGUCAGCAGCUUAUCCUUGCCUAUGCAGUGCAUUUACUUUCAUUUGUGAUAACCUUUGUUGGAGAAAGUCAAGCCAUCCAAGGGGGCUCUUUUGGACCUGGUCCUGAUUUUACACACUUUUGGGCCUCUUUUCAAAACAAGGACUAAGCCGAGUUCUAAACAUGCGAAUAAUUUCAUGAACUGCAUCCAAAAUCACUGCCUUUGCGAGUUCACUAAUCCCCAAAUUUUAAAAACUUUAUAGUCUUUUUGGUGGUAUAGCGUGCUCUAUGAUGAAGCGAAAAUUAAGAUUUGAGACACUCAUGCUUUAUUUUUAUUUUUGACAGCUGUGAUGCUGCAUGACAGUAAUUCACUUAGCAUAUCUAGCUCACAAAGCAAAGUAUUGCAUUUUGUUUUGUGGUGGAGAUUUUUUUUUGUGUUUUUGUACAACAGACAUUACAUGCUAUGGAUGCUACUGUUUUUGUUGAACUUUUGGAGGUUUUUUUUAGGACAUUAAUAGCAUGACUUAAAAAGGGGUUGAAAGUCAGUACAGUAAAUGCACAUGCUGUAAUUAUUUAAUAAACCAUGCAGGUCGGCUUUUUCCGUGUUCUUGAAAGCAGCUCAAAGUGUCACAGAGGUGUUCACACAGUAGCCAUACUCCUCUACAUGCCACGUUUCUCCCUCUUCUGCACUCGACAGCUGACGGGCCCAAAGCUCCUGCAGGAAAUACCCACAUCCUUUUCCCAACACUUUUUCUUGACAUGGCUCACUUCACCUGUCCCUCCUCCUCCUCCUCCUCCACUUCCCCCGUGCACACAUUUUUAAAAAAAAUUUUAUUUGGUUUUGGCCGCCUACAGGAAUACAUUUGGAUUCUUGUUUUUAAACUGAGAGAAAAUAACAAAAAAAAAGAUGUUGAGCAGCAACACAACCUGUGACAAGUCUGGAUGGAAAUGGUUCCAAACGAGUUUGAAAAUCUUGCAUCAUCUUAACUACGCCAACAGAUAAAUAUGUCAAUGAUUCAUCUGUAAAUAAAGAUAUUAAAGUCUGUGUAAAUUAA